AUGCCGCCUCAGCCUCGUCUAGCUUCGCACCACCAUCCUCAACACCUGCACCUACACACAGCGGCACAAGCUGGACGACGUUUCAGCACGGCCACACGCAGCUCAAAGAUGGCUCUACCCGCGCCCGGACCCGCGGAGCUGCCGCCAAUGCAGCGCGGCGCGCCAGCACCUCCCAUACAACCUCCACCAGCGCCUCAAGCCGGUGCGCCUCAGGCGGGUCCGCAUCUGCUGUCGCUCAAAGUGAUGCGUGCCUCUGCGCCGUCGCUCGCCGUGAGCGAAAAGCCGUACUUUGACGAUGCGCCUUCCACAUCCAGCAACCUGCUUGCCGCCGUUGGCGAGGGGAUCUCGGCAGGGCUGAGCCACGACCUGCUUUCCAACCGGUGGGACGGCUCGAGCAGCAGCAGCGGGGUGGGGGCAGCGUAUCGGUCGGCGGCGGAGAACUUCCCGAUCAGCAGUGUGCUUGUGCUGCCCAACUCGUUCGGCACGCUGUUUCUCGGCGAGACGUUCCGGACGUACGUGUGCGUGCGCAACGAGAGCGGCGCCGCGGUGCGCGAGCCGAGCCUGCGCGUAGAGAUGCAAGUCGGCGCCUCGGACGCCUCACAACCCCACGCCGAGUCGGGACGAUGGCAUCAGCUCGCGCACAUCAUCAUGCCCUCGCCCUCGCGCUAUACUCCCGAUCCUUCCGACACAGAUGGCCAAGGCCGGCCGGUGUGGGAGCUCGCACCGGCGCAGGCACUCGAGACAUCGCUCGGGUACGAUAUCAAGGACCUCGGGCCACAUGUGCUCGUGUGUACCGUCGGGUACAAAGCACGCGUGAUGAUGCACGAUGGACAAGAGGCGUGGGUGGAGCGAAGUUUCCGCAAGUUCUUCAAAUUCGCCGUGGAGAGGUCGCCGAUCUCGGUGCGCACCAAGGUGCACCAGCCGCGCGAGGCGUGUGCGGUGUACCACCCCGACCCGGCGGUGCGCGAGCGCGUCCACCUCGAGGUGCAGGUGCAAAACGUCGCGUCCAACGGCUCCAGCCUCGUCCUGGACCGGCUCGACCUCAAGACCGCCCCCGGUUGGACGUGGAGUAGCAUCGACCGACCCUCUUUGUCCUCGGAUGCUCAGGACACGGAUAUGUGGAUGCGCGUGGGGGGCAAGAGCAAGAUGCUGCUAGCCGACGGUGAUGUGCGCCAGUACCUGUUUGCGCUCGUCCCUUGCGAGGAAGUGGCGUUCUGGGAGGCGCGCGAGAGCGGCAUGGACAUGGGCAGCACACAGGAAGGAUGGGCGAUCAGGGGCGAUGCAUUGGGGCAUCUGGAUAUCAGCUGGCGCAUGAGCCUGGGCGAGCCCGGUCGUCUGCAAACCUCACAGCUCGUGCGUCGCCGCGUCGUGGUCGCUCCCGUCUCCGCCCAUACAACCGACGAGACACGGCCGACACCGCAGCUAGCGACGCAACUUACACUCACCCGGGCGGCGGUGGAGACACUAGCGGCGGUCACGGCGGAAACGCGUCGGAUCGAACUCGAAGUGGCGCUUAGCGUUGCGGAUGUAUGUGCUGCGCGGUCGGAGGCGGUGGAUGAUGACGAUACGCCGCUGUCCGAGAUCGCCCCCACGCAGCGAGAGGGGGAGGUGGUGACGGUCGAGCGCACGUUCAGGCUCGCAUUGCAGCACUGUACCGUCGAGCAGCCGAGCGAUGAAGCGCCGGCAGGAGAGGAUGUGACGCCACGAAAAGCGCCGAGUCGCACCUCGACGCCCACAGGCACGGCUUCGCCACUACUCGCGCUGAACAAGACCAGGCUCCAGGCGAAUCUGUCGAACCUCGUGCGCGCGGGGUCUUUGUCGCUCCGCGCAGGGAGGGGGGAUGAAUCAGCUGCGCCCACACCCGCUCGCCAGCCUAGUCCUGCUCCGCUUGGUCCGGCUGUACCGCCCAAGGGGGAGAGUGUACCUGCACCCGUGUUGUCGGCGUCGCGAGUACAUGCCCUCCACUCGCGGUGGACGCAACACCACGCCCAAGCCAUCUCGCGCCCGCUCGUCGAACACUACACCCCCACCCCCAACGCCCAUCCCCUAGGCACAUCCCUAAUCCCCCUCCCCAACAUCACACUGGCGUUCCAGGCCCGACGAACACCCACCGGAUGGCAACGACUCUCCCAGCUCGAACCACAAACCGUCCACGCAACGCUCGAAUACGCCGUGGGGCCUUCCCAAGACACAGUAAGAUUAGGCGCAGUAAGGAUCCUCCUACUCAGCUUUACUGAUCCACAGACGCAUGCGUGCAAUACGGUGUUGGAUGAGAUUCCUGUACUUGCAGAAUACCUCACCGUCUAA